UGCACUGGGAAACACGUGUGCCAGGAAGCGUGGAUCUGAUGUAACAAACCUCUGCUCUCCUGCCUCGCGGAGGAGAAUCAGGUUAGUUUCGGUGUGACUGAAGUCAGCUGCUUUACAGGACGUCUCCGCUCUUCCGCUGACUCCGCCCAGCUCUCCUGCACAGCGUUACAAAAGCAGCGAGCUCACCAAACCUGAGCGAGACCUGGACUGGUGACUGCGCCGCCGGAUCAGCAACAAUGGGGGUGACGAUACGAGUUGAAUACUGUGGUUCAUGAGGUUACGAACCCCGCUAUCUGGAUCUCGCAAGUGUUGUCAAGGGCGACUUUCCAGAUGCGGAACUGUCAGGCUUUUUGGGAAGAAGAGGCAGCUUUGAGAUUGUAAUCAAUGGGCAGCUAGUCUUCUCAAAGAUUGAGACUGGCGGCUUCCCUUAUGAGGAUGAUGUCAUGAGUAUGGUCCAGAAUGCCCAUGAUGGCAAACCUAUGCAGAAGAUCACCAAAAGCCGCCCACCAUGUGUCAUCAUGUAAAACCUCCCUCUGCAGCACAGAGACAGGCCAGUGCAACUGCAAACUGCCAAUACCAAAUCUGGUUUACUGCAACCAUCAUAAAACAAGCUGGGAUAACACACUGUCUGAUACAAAACCCACAGAAAUGCACUUUUACUACUAGCUACAUUCUCUGAUGCUGAUCACCGAACUCUGCUCUAAUCUUUGCCUUCCCUCUCUGUUCCUAUCACGGUGCUCCAGGCUGUUAAUGAUUACCAUGGCCUAAACUAUUAAGGGUUGUGGUAUGAUGAAGCCAUUCCUGGAAUAUCUUUCUUUUAUAGGAACAGCGACAGCGAGAUGAAGAGUUGGAGAGAGCUCACAUUUAUUUUUACUACAGCCAUAUUGCCUCACAUCCUCAAACUGCCUGUUCUUUUAAAUUUUUUCAUUGAUCUCACAUGCAAGUUUCAAUUUUCAGUGAAUGCAAGGACAGUACAAAGUAGUUGCACAUAAUAUUAAAGCAUAAAGGGAGACUUUGAUAAUGAUUUCAUAUCAAAGUUUACUGUAUAGGUUGUGAAUAGAGAAGCAAUGUCAUAAUUUGAUGUGUAACUGCAAAGUUAAGCUUACAGUAGUUUUCUGUUUUUUUUCUAUCAAAUUGGAACAUCAAACUUUCAAAUCCUCACUUGUAGUGCUGCCACUGUUUGACCAUUUAAAAAAAAAAAUAAUAAUUUUAAUGUUAAACUGUUUAUUGAACUUGGUCAGAUACUCAAGCAAUCAUCUGUAGUGCUUCUGAAGACCACCACCCACUGGUCUGUCAGAUCAUGCUGAGAUGUCUGCUUGUUUUCCAAAAAUCAUCCUUUUCUGUUAACUCAGAUGUCCAAACUGUAAAAUUCCAAUAAAGGUUAUGGUUGUUUCAUUA